CCUUUUUUGCGAAUAAUGGAUUCGCUAAUUUUCGAUUUAUUGGUCCAAUCUGUUACAGAUCAGGAUGGCGCGGAGCCCUGCGGAAAUUCGGUGUCUGUGCACAAUCUUCUAAGGUUGGCGGUGUAUCUUCAGCGGUCUGAUCUUCGAAGCAAAGCAGGUCGCACGCUGGCGGCGUUUUCCGAAAAGUUAAUGGCGAUCCCCAUGGCGCUUCCGGAGAUGGUGUCCGCUCUGCUCCUGUAUCACGAGGCGCCGACACAGGUGUUUAUCGCCGGAGAACGAGAGGAUAAUAAUACUCAAGCUCUCUUGGACGUCGUUCGCAACAGUCUGCUGCCAGGCAGGAUCUUGGCGUUAGCAGAUGGUCCAACUGGGCGCGCCGGUUUGUUGUACAGCAGACACGAGACCUUGGCUAGGUUGCAUCCUGUUCACGGUAAAUCGGCCGCGUAUGUUUGCCGUAACUUCGCCUGUUCGCUUCCGGUAACCGAACCGGAGGAGCUCGCCACGUCCUUAGAGGCUGAGUUUCAGGCCAUAGAGAAAAGUGCAGUCAGUCUAGGGCAACAGUAGAUUUUAGUCAUUUGUUAAAUUUUUUCUUAUUUCAAUGGGUUUCAAACCAAGAGUUUAUCGAUUCGUGCGAUGUUGCGCACGAAUUUUUGCGUAUCCGUCUCUUGGCAGAAUUUAAGUCAUUAGUUAUAAUACAGAUAUGCUUUCCAUUGGCUUUUGAAUAGACAUAAGUGUCACUAUCAUGCAAAGUUUGGAAGAAUGUCGAAUGUGCGGUAAGUUGUGAUAAUUAUCCUGUAGGAUUAACUCUUUUGUGUUACCUAAUUGGUCAAUUCUUUGACGUAAAUUUAUCUAGUUUGCGCAAAGCUAAAAGACAAGUUUGUGAUAUUUACGGAGAGGGUCUUAUUUUUUACAAUGUUUGUUGAAAGUUGGAGUAAUUGUUAAGACAGUCUGAAAGCCUGUCAUUAAGCAUAGUUGACACGCUUGUAUCGUUAAACGCAUAUAAAAAUGUAUAUAAUAUAUAAUGUAUAAGUAUGUGUUUGAAUAAGAUUAAUAAAACUCAUCAUCUGUUCA